AUGGAUCGUAGCUCUUAUAAACACUACCAUCUGGAUCCCAUAGAUACCAGGAAGUUUUUUCACACUUAUUUUUCUGGAAAAUCGGAUAAAAUUAUUAUUGAUGAGAUUGUGAAAUAUCCAAUGGAAAUUCUUCACAAAGAGUUUAAAUCAGGUAUGUCCAUUGAGUCUCUCUCUCUCUCUCUCUCUCUAUUUCUCUCUCUCUCUAAUUUAUACUAAGCUUUAAAUCCCAUCCUCAAGACACACCAUUAGGAUACGUUGCAAUAAUUUCCUAUCUCUUUUACAAUGCCAUACUGGCAAAACCUGGACUUUUGGUAUGACAAAUAAUUACAACAUGACAAGUACUAUCCAUGGUAGAAUAUUAGAUGUCUUUCCUAAAAUAUUAUUUUCAGGGAACAUUAAAGGUGACACCUUCAUAGAUAUAUCAAUUGGUUCAGCGAUUUUCCAUCUGCUUCCUGUGUGUGACCAUUUCAAAGAAAUCACUAUUCUAGAAAGCAAUGAUCAAUGUCUGGAAGACAUAGUUAAAUGGAUGAAAAAGGAUGCAGAUGCUUUAGACUGGUCUCAUGCAUCAACUCAUAUGGCAAAACUGGAAGAAGAAAAAAGGUAAAGAACAAACCUUUCAUUUUAGCCAAAGGCAAACUUGUAUUUAUGUUUAGAAUUUUCAAUGCAUACCAUAGCUAAAAUAUAAAAUCUUAUGAGGACUAAAACAGUAACAAUUUGCAUGCCUUUAUGUAAAUCUGAUUUAACAUAUAUUGCAUUCUUAUUGAAUGGAAAUACUUGCACAUAAAUUUGUGUAAUGUUAGACUAGCCUAUCUACAACAAUGUCCUUUUUACCUCUUAAACUCUUUUACUUACAUGGAAAAGAACUUAACGCAGUCAAAAUCAGUUUAUAUUCAUUCAGAAUUUAGAAUUUUAACUUUUAUGUAAAAAAAAUAAUCCCUUUAUUAUUUUAAACAAAGCUUAUGUAUAUUAUAGUCCCCAUGUAUGUUAUCCUGACUUACCCUUGCUACAUGAAACAACAGUCUUUAAAUCCUUAUGGUCAGAAGUACUGUUUAUCCAUGCAAAUAGCAUGCAGGUAAAAAGUUAGGGAUCAUUCACAAAUCCAAAUGUCACACGCAAGUGAUGGGCAUCUCAAAAAUGUGCUCCGAGCCUGUUUCAGAUCUUAAAAUCUCUCAUCAUCAUAGCAGAUAUGGGGUUGCUUGUGACCAAAGAGAAUUGAGUUAAUGAUUUUUCCAACAGAGUAAGUAAAACGAGGGUAUGCAUACUGUCUUUCUGUCCAGGGUUUAGUGCAGGUGCUCUGAGCAUUCACUAUUUAUCAGGGCAAAUUAUUGUUUAAUUCUGAAAAAAAAAAAAAAUUCAAAAAGGAAAGAUCUGGCAGUGAAUACAUAAAACAAAAUGAAACAGUACAAACAAUAAAUAACAAAAAUAAGUACAGGUGAUACUCGAAAAAUGUGAAUAUCGUGCAAAAGUUAAUUUAUUUCAGUAAUGCAACAUAAAAGAGAAAAAUAAUAUAUGAGAUAGACGCAUUACAUGCAAAGCAAGAUAGUUCAAGCCGUGAUUUGUCAUAAGUGCGAUGAUUAUGGCUUACAGCUCAUGAAAACCCAAAAUCCACAAUCUCAGUAAAUUAGAAUAUUGUGAAAAGGUGCAAAAUUCUAGGCUCACAGUGUCCCACUCUAAUCAGCUAAGUAAGCCAUAACACCUGCAAAGGGUUUCUGAGCCUUUAAAUGGUCUCUCAGUUUGGUUCAGUAGGAAUCACUGGACUGAGGCUGGAGUCAGUGCAUCAAGAGGCACCACACACAGACGGAUCCUGGACAUGGGCUUCAAAUGUCGUAUUCCUCUUGUCAAGCCGCUCCUGAACAACAAACAACAUUAGAAGUGACUUACCUGGGGUAAGGAAACUUUUGCACCUCAUUUGGAAACCAAGGACCCAGAGGCUGGAGGAAGAAUGGAGAAGCACACACUGCAAGAUGUUUGAAGUCCAGUGUGAAGUUUCCACAGUCUGUGUUGAUUUGGGGAGCCAUGUCAUCUGCUAGUGUUGGUCCACUGUGCUUCAAUAAGUCCAGGGUCAAUGCAGCCAUCUACCAGGAGAUUUUGGAGCACUUCAUGCUUCCUUCCACAGACGAGCUUUAUGGGGAUGCUGACUUCAUUUUCCAGCAGGACUUGGCACCUGCCCACACUGCCAAAAGCACCAAAAUCUGGUUCAAUGACCAUGGGAUUACUGUGCUUGAUUGGCCAGCAAACUCGCCUGACCUGGACCCCAUAGAGAAUCUAUAGGGCAUUGCUAAGAGAAAGAUGAGAGACAUGAGACCGAACAAUGCAGAAGAGCUGAAGCCGCUAUUGAAGCAUCCUGGUUUUCCAUAACAACCCAGCAGUGCCACAAGCUGAUAGCUUCCAUGCCACGCCGCAUUGAGGCAGUAAUUGCUGCAAAAGGGGCCCAAACCAAGUACUGAGUCCAUAUGCAUGCUUAUACUUUUCAGAGGUCCGAUAUUGUUCUAUGUACACUCCUUGUUUUAUUGAUUGCAUGUAAUAUUCUAAUUUACUGUGAUUGUGGAUUUGGGGUUUUCAUGAGCUGUAAGCCAUAAUCAUAGCACUUAUGACAAAUCACGGCUUGAACUAUCUUGCUUUGCAUGUAAUGUGUCUAUCUCAUAUAUUAGUUUCCCCUUUUACAUUGCAUUACUGAAAUAAAUGAACUUUUGCACGAUAUUCUAAUUUUUCAAGUAUGACCUGUAUGUUGCUUAACCCCUUAAGGACACAUGACAUGUCUGACAUGUCAUGAUUCCCUUUUAUUCCAAUGAUGUGGUUGUAUACAAGUCGAGUUAUAGUAAUGGUUGUGUAAGUCAGUUGUGGUGUGCCAGAACCAACGUUCGGGUAGGCCUGUAAAAGAGGGCAAAAAGUUUAACAGCUUAACACUUAAUACGUGUUGACAUUACAUAACCAAUACUUAAUGCAUGUAUCAAUUCCCUCAGGUUGAGGGAUAUAUAUGGCAUAUGCAGAUAACUCUACUGUCCUAGUUAUUAGAUGAUAUGUUCUGGGAUAUUACUAGAGGUAGUAAGAGCAGCGCAUAUUCUUUUAGAAUGACCUGAAAAUGUUAAUGGUUAUAUUAGAGUAACUGUGUUGUAAGCUAGUUAAAGGUUGAGGUGGCAAAAAAUAUGUGAAUGCCUUCAUGGAAUAGAAUGAGUACGGUUUGAUGAGUUCAUAUGUGGAAGUGAGUUUAUUAAAAAUGGCCAGAGCCCAGCGCAUGAACAGGUGGCAUUGGCAGAGAGUGUUGCGUGUGCCAGCUAUUACAUCCUGGAUUGUAGGGGUUUAGCAGGUCAUUUGGCCACAGUGGGGAGAGUUCAGAACAAUACGAAAAACUGUGAUUGAGUUACCUCAUCAGUUGCUAUGGUGUGACAGCUUGGUAUGGGUAUGUGAACAAAGUAGAGUUUCUGUGAUGCUGCCAGCCACAUCUCUUCCAAAUCAACCUUAUUAUUGCUAGUAAAUAGGAUGGUAAUAAUUCCCAUUCUACUGAUUUACUAAAAGGUAGGUUCUGCGUCACUAUGGGAAAUGUGUCAUGGACCCAGUUAACUAUGAAAUCGGCUGAAAUCCAAUGUGGGUGGCUGUAUUAGUCCAGAAAUGAGGGACUAUGGUAGAGUAACCAUGGUUUCCCUAUUCUGGAGGGAUAGAAAGUUUAGUGACAUGAACAGGACUUCUCAAGCAUAUGUCAAAUGUAACCACGCUAUUGUUGACAGGUGAACCUGGGAGCAGGAUGAGUGGAUGGGAAAUGAAUGAGCUCCAUUGUGUAAGGUGUAUGGUAACAUUCAGCAGACCAAGGAGAGACUGGAGAUCCAUAUGGGAAACAGGCAUCAUUGCUCAGAAAGGAUUUUCCCUUUCCUUGAUAUGCUGGACUUAGUCUGCGGGGAGGCUGAACAGCAAUGAAAUCAAGUCUAAUGUAUUUCCAUGAAUUAAAAUUGGUGUAGGGGCCCAAGGUUGAUCGAGACAGCAGAGUUCCAAAGGAUGUACCAGAUACACAAGACACAUCUGCUUCAUGGUAUGGCAUUGGGUUCCAUAAUCGUUACACUCAUGCCUACUAUGACACCUGUUAUUAGAAACUCAACUAAAGGAGGGGGAAGUGUGAGUAUUGAGGGAGACGGCUCUUAGUGACAAAACAUGAGAACGAAUACGGAAUAGUCAGAUUGUAUAAUCUGUGUUCCCUAGCUUUGAACUACUGACAUGUCUUGUAGCUAUGUCUUUCCCAAGGACAGGAGAACUUACUGUACAGAUAAUAACAUUAGACUAGGAAACAUGUGCAACUGGCAGUGUAACGCUGAGGGGAUGGAAGUUAGAAGCAUGAUGUAGGGUACUACAUGGGAUGGUAAGAUGUCAAAAAUCAGGAAAUUCUAAACAUCACCAGUGUCAACAAUUGUUCAUAAGGAUGAAAGGAUGGGAGCCAUGAUGGCCUACAUCCCUGUCAUGCUGUCUGUUUUUCCAGCUUGGGUGCUGACACAAGGUAGGGGAGCCCAGACCUAGAAAUCUGAGUCUGUACAGCACAGUUUUCCAAGCCAAAGAAGGGAAUGGCACGCCUUUAUGUCGAAGCUCAGCGGUAAAAGUGGAAUGGUACAAGAUCACCAGGAACUGGGGCAACCGGGUUAUGGCUGGAGUGCAUGGACUAGGUGGGGUGAAUGGUUUGGCUGGGGAGCCUGGAUUGAAAUAUCUUAUUAGUUCUGAAUUGGGCAACAUCUAUAUGUAGAGUAAAUAUGAUAGUCAUGUAAUUGAUAGUAUAACAACUGGUGGCUUGCAUAGUGUUGAGUGGCGAAAAAUAAUCUAAAUCAGGGAAAGGUGAGGCCCUACUAAGUGCCAAGUAACUCCGAGAGGCUCUAGCUAUGAAUUGGCAGAGGGACUGAGGCCACCAAACGAUGUGGCAGGAAUGUUGACCUCUCAGUGACAAGUAAGAGAUUCAAAGGAGUGGCCAUGACAUGUGAGGCCCUAUCUAAAACCUAGAGAGAUAGGAGCAAGACUCUAGCUAUGAGUUGGAUGAAUACCUCAGCAUGAGGAUAGGUGUAGGCCUCGCACAACUGAAUUACAAAGAUACAUUAAUAUGGCCCACACCAAUACUCUUAACAGCCAGUUGAUCUAUCCCUAAGGAACAUAGAGGAAUAAAAAAAAUUAAUGAAUUAAUAGAAUCUUGCCCAACUGGUGUGUGGAUGAGCUUGAGAAAGGAAAAUCAUGGAGAGGAACCUAAUGGGAACAUUAAUGGAAAUAUGUACAGUAUGGUAAGUGCUUAUUGAGGUAAGCGUAUAAAGUACCUGUGCUGUGGUUAAGGAUUUAAACAUUAAUAGUAUGAUAAGCAGUGAUAGUAGAAACCUAGAUAAUUAUAAAACUUAUGAUUGUCAAUAUGGAUAUAAAAGCGAUACCUAGUAGUGCUGUGUCUAAUUAUGUGGUCCCACUCUGCGUUCUUCCACAAGAAGGACUUGAAGUAUUUAUGAGAAAGAUCAGACCAUCUCUAGUUUACUAGCAGGAAGCAAAAUAUGUAAGGUCUAGUAAGUGCCUGUGACAGGAGUUGUGUAUUAUACAAGGCCUAGGUAAAACCGUGACAGACCGAGGAGGCCAGAAUAUGGUUAAAUGUGUAAGGAGAGGUUCUUGGUUCUCAGGAAUGCAGAGAGAGAUACAUGGGCAUAACAAGGCUGAGAGGAAUAGUCAACCAUAGUAUGACAGGGUUGUAGAUGAAACUGGAAUGUUGUAUGUAAUUUCCCAAAUGUGUGGCAGAACUUGUGUCAUAGUGGAUUGCCCACAGAGGGCUGUAUAUAGUGUAUGGAGUGAAGGCCGCGUGUAGAGGUAUUGGAGCGGAAGGCUAAUAUUACCAAAUGUGUGCCACGAACUGCCGGGUGUAUAAUAGGGUGUAUUUGAAGUAAUGAUUACGGCAUGAACAAAUGUAGGUUAAUUGUACCAAAGUUGUAGAAAUGUACUGUUAAUUGCAUGGACAGUAGUGGUGAUCUGGUAUUCGAACUGGUUUUAUUUAUUUUUAUUUUUACACUGAGUGGUGUACUUAAAUACAGUAUAGUAAGGCAAAAUAUAAUCCCCAAGCGACAGGAAGGCAAAAGUUAGGUCCCACCUGGGACCGUAUGAAGCUUAUGUAAGUGAAGGCCUAGUGAGAUCUGAUUGCCAUUUAAGGGCAGUAUGAUAAUUAGUGCGUGUAUUAAGUGAUAUGAUGUGAGUUGGUUAAUAGUUGUUAAACUGGUUGCAAUUUACACAUAGUGAUGCAAUUUGGCAGACCUGCUCCAUAUCAUAUUGUAUAUAUAACCAACUUGACCUGUAAGAGGCCCAUACUAGUAGGAUUGUUAAUUAGAUAUGAUAAUGAGGAGACACUUGAGUAACAUGGCACUAAUCCUAGUAGGUUGCCCACUCAGGGCCAUAUAAAGCAUAUGUUGUGGAAGACCAAGUGAGGGCCUAAUAUAAACAUAUGUGUGAUGUCCUGCAUCUCUCAUGGGGACUUAAUAAUUUCAGCUACUUGUUUUUUCUUUUUUUUUCAUACAUGAAAGGUUGUGCCUUUUUUGCUGGAAAGGUUGUGCUUUUUUAUAUAUAUAUAUAUAUAUUUUGUCUAACUUUUCGUAACAUUGUAAUUCACCACAAUUAAUCAGCAUAUCACAAUUUAGUGAAUAAAACCCAAAAGGAUAAUUUGUUGUUUUUAUUUUCCAGUGGCAAAUGGGAAGAAAAAGAAGAACUUCUAAGAAGCCGGGUGAAACGCAUACUGAAAUGUGAUUUUACCAAAGAAAUCCUGACAGACCCUGUUGUUUUAGAUAAAGCUGAUUGCUUGAUGAGUAUGUGUAUAAUGCAUUUUGUGCACAAAGACCACGACUCUUAUCGUGCAGGAAUGAAAAAGGUAGCAUCGUUAAUCAAACUAGGUGGACAUCUGGUAAUGAUUGGGGGGUUUAAUACUAGGUACUGCACUGUUGGGGAAGACAAGUUGCAUAUGCUGUCUUUUGAUGAAAACUUUAUGCUAAGUAAUUUGAAAAGUAUUGGCUUUUCUAUCGAGAGCUUCCAGAAGACAAUGAGCAAAUUAAGUGGUGGAAUGAUAGAUUAUGAUCACAUUUGGUUUGUCAGAGCAGUGAAAAUGUGGGAGCUUUAG